CGUUGCUGAGCGGUCAGUGCCGGAAGAACAGCCAGCAGAUUCCAUCAUUCCGCCGCGUUUUGUGAUAGCCACCGGUUUUCAGCUUCAUUGGCUCUGCUGGUGUGCUUUUUGUUUUUGUUUUCGUUUUUUUUAUUUUUUUUUUUUUUUUGUAAUUCCCUUGGGUUUUUGUUUUGUUUGUUGUUUAUGUGGUUUUGAAUUAAAUUGUAUUGUGCCCGAUUGCCACAGUACACACAGUGCUCUGCGCGACGCACUCAAUAAACACCAUCGAUACGUAGAAGUGCUCCCUUAUCAGAGACCGAGCCAAAGGUCGUGUCAAAGCUGACCGAUGACGAUGAUCUCGGCGAGAAGGUACUUCCUUCUGGCUCUCUUGGUGCUGUCAACCUCCGCCUAUCUAACAGUUGGGGAUGAGGGCGAUCCCUGCCAGGUGAGGGCGGACAUACCGGGAAUCUGUCGCUCCUCCUCCGCCUGCGAUAACAUCCGAGGAUACUUGCAGUCGGGCGCACUGUCCACCAGCCAGGUGCCGAGCUGUGGUUUCGGGGCGCGCGAGGAGAUCAUCUGCUGCCCCACCGUCGCCUGCUGUGCCACUGAUCGAGCUCACGAGUUCCAGUUCCAUGCGACGAGCUCCGAGCGCACCAGGUUACCCGAACCCAAGCAGCAACCACAACCACAACCACAACCAGAACCACUACCAGAACCGGAGCCACUGCCUCCGACGACCACCGAAGGGAAAAGGGUGCGGGAAAGUCGGCUGGACGAGAAUCAGAACUUCUUUGACUUCAAUAAGCUGCUCAGCACCACGGUGAAUCCGCAGAAAACGCACGAGUCCUUAAAGAUGCCCACCCACGAGUCCAUGAAGAUGCCCAUCCAGAGCGUUGGAGCUUGGGGCAUAGCUCCUUCGAAGCCACAACCCACACCAACUCCACAGAGAUCCAUCAUGGAAUCGCAAUGGGGCUGGGAGAACCGUGAGCCACGAAUUGUUAACCGCCCACUGACCACUCCCCGAUCGCGACACCAAAGACCACAUUCCAAUCCCAACCCCAAUCCUAAUCAUAAUCCUAAUCCUAAUUCCAAUCCCAAUCCCAAUCCCAAUCCUAAUCCCAAACCCAUUUCCAACUCGAAUGACAAUAACAACCUCAUCCAUUUGGUCAACGAUCGGCUGCGGCAGCAGGGAAUGCAGAUUGAGCCUGCCCGCGAAGUGCCCAUGAACUCCCAGACCACGGCCAAUCCCACAACCACAACCACAACCACAACCACACCCACACCCAUGCCCACAACAUUGAUCGAUCCAUUUGAACCCUACCGAUUUCGGGGCCAGGACAGAGACAAGGAGCGCCAGCCGGAACCGUGGACCGAUGUCAGCAAUAAUCUAGACGCGGAUCCAACUCCCAGCAUCUUCAAUCCAGCCAAUCCAGAGACGCGGACCACAACGGCCAAUCCCAAUCCUUCGCGCGUCCAUCUGCCCGAGAAGGAGCGACCAGCGGUGGCAGCGUGUGAGAAGAUCCGAUCCGGUGGAAAGCCCCUAACGGUGCACAUCCUGGACGGCGAACGGGUGGACAAGGGCGUCUAUCCCCACAUGGCGGCCAUUGCGUACAACUCCUUCGGGACGGCGACAUUCCGAUGUGGUGGAUCGCUCAUCGCCAGCCGGUACGUCCUCACGGCCGCUCACUGUGUCAACAGUGAGGAAAGCACGCCCAGCUUCGUUCGCUUGGGUGCGCUGAACAUCGAGAAUCCCGAGUCGGGCUACCAGGACAUCGAUGUGAUUGACGUGCAGAUUCAUCCGAAUUAUUCCGGCAGCAGUAAGUACUAUGACAUCGCCAUCCUGCAACUGGCCGACGAUGCCAAGGAGUCCGAUGUCAUCCGACCCGCCUGUCUCUACACGGAUCGCACGGAUCCGCCCGCGAACUCCAAAUUUUACGUCGCCGGUUGGGGUGUCAUGAAUGUGACCAAUCGUGCCGUAUCCAAGAUCCUGCUGCGGGCGGCACUGGAACUGGUGCCGGCGGACAAGUGCAAUGCAUCCUUCGCGGAGCAGCCGAGCGCCAAUCGGACGUUGAGGAACGGCGUGAUCGCCUCGCAGUUGUGUGCGGCGGACAGGAAUCAGAGGAAGGACGCCUGCCAGGGCGACUCCGGUGGCCCGCUCAUCCUGGACAUCGACGACGUGGACGGUACCUACGCAAUCGUGGGCGUAAUCUCUUCGGGCUUCGGCUGCGCCACCAGAACCCCGGGCCUCUACACACGUGUCUCCUCCUUCCUCGACUACAUCGAGGGUAUCGUGUGGCCGGCGAAGCGCGUCUGAGGCGUCAUUUGAUCUGCAAUAAAUUUAGUUUGAACGGA